AUGCCUCCUAAGCGAAAGCAUUCCGGAGAUGGGGAUGAACAAAACAACAACAAAAACGCGCGCAAUAAGCAAUUCGCCUACCUGAAACCCCAUAUUCGCCAUGUAUCCGAACGUACUAUCAAAUCGAAAUGGACUACUCUACCAGAACCUGUUCAGGAUAGGGUGCGCGACAUGUUUCGAACCCUCGAACGACCGGUCAUCGUGCGACAGCAGAAUGAGCGCAGACGUAUUGAGGCGCAAGCCGCUGUCCAAGUCGUUGUGAAAAAUCUCGGAAAGCGACUCCCCCGAAUGCCAUUUCCGCCGGUAACAAAAGACUCGAAUUUCGAAUAUGAAGCGGCGCUUGAUGAGCAUCGUUCUUUAGAGACUAAUUUGGCUACCGUCACGGAUAGCAUCGAUCUCCUCAAAGCUGAGGUUGAAAAGGAAGAGGCUUUGCUUGCCAAGGAGAAAAAGCAGUUGCAAGAAAUGGAGAAAAAUGCGAAGCGAGCAGAGACAGAGAAGAAGAGGCAGAUGAAGAAUGAACAUCCUGUACUUCGAAAACUCGACAAUAUACCCGAUACCCAGAAUCAGGCUAGGUCUGAGUUUACAAUUCCGAACUUGAAAAAUAUUGAAGUAACACUUGACGAGCUUGAGGCGGAUCCAGAGGCUCUGGGACUGAUAAAACAGCUGAAUAGUCAUCUACAAUCCAUACAAAAUAACACCGCCCCCCUUGCAGGUCUCAGGGAUGCAAUCACACGAUCACAAGCAGCAUUGAGCUUCGUUCCCUUGCCUGAGGACUGA